AUGCGUAUCUCCGGGAGGUUGGCAGCCGGAGUGUCCUGGCUUCUUGCUACCGUCUUACCAGACGUUGUGGCUCAGAAUCCAUAUGCCAACUUCACCAUCUACCCAGAUGCCGGCGAAACCGUGACCUCCCCAAAGUACUAUCCCCUUAGGCCUCCUGCUAUACCCUUAGCCGUCCGGAGUCCCUACACUAGUGCCUGGUCGACGACUGCUGGGCGUAGCAGCUUGAAUAGUCAAUUUCCCAUUUUCUGGCCUGGUCAAGGAUUGGGUUGGGAAGGAAUAGUCGUCGUCGAUGGCAACUCAUACGAAUACAUGGGCAGUGUCAUAAAUGACUAUCCAGAACUAUCAUACUUCAACACGACUACACCCCUCGAGGUCAGGUACGACUCUCAGUUCUCCAACUUUACAUUCCUAGCCGGACCGGUCAUUAUUACAGCGAGCUUCUUCUCACCCGUCACACCCAAGGAUAUUUGCCGGAGCUCUAUUCCACUCAGUUAUCUGACAACUUCCGUUCAAUCAAAUGAUGGCCAUCCACACCACGUGCAAUUUUACUCCGAUGUCAAUGCGCAAUGGAUAGGACUAGGGAAUGAAUACGACAUCAUCAAGGAAUUCCACACUGGUCCAUUGAACGGCAACGGAACAGGGAACAGUACGGAUGUGCCAACUAGCUGGAUAUUGCGGCCGCGGUUCCCGGCGCUUUUCCAGGAAGCUGGGGAAAUCCCGCGAUGGGGCAAUUUCUCUUUCACCACAAGCCCCGCCAGAACUCAGAAUUUCACGUACCAGAGUGGUUCUGCCACGAGUGUUCGGUUUGGCUUUGUCAAUAACCGGGUUCUCAAUAACGACGCCGGCUCGGUUACCCAUGGAUUUGGAAACCAAGAACCUGUCUAUGCCUUUUCUCAUGAUAUGGGAACUGUAGUAGAAACGUCGGUUCGGUACACUAUCGGCUCAAUUCAAUCGCCCGUUGUGAGAUACCUUCAUAAGGGUGGUUUAUCGAACCUAGCCCCUUGGUGGGAGAAGUGCUAUGGAGAGAUGCACGACAUGAUUCGUUUUCAUUGGAAUGAUUUCAAUACCGUGGCGGCACUCGGUAACGAAUUUGAGACGCAGCUUCGCGCUGAUUAUAUCUUCGACCCCACCUCAGCGUACGGAUUUCUUGACUCAUCCAAUGCUACUGGUAUUGCCGUUCCUUUUGUUUCGGAAGCGGAGUCUUACUACGCCAUUGUAGCACUAUCAGCCCGCCAAGUCAUGGGAGCAUAUGCAUACGCGGUUCCCCCAUCUGUGCCCAAUAGCUCGGACGCAUCAGCCGCAGAUGUCGAACCUCUCAUGUUCCAGAAGGAAAUCUCAAGUAACGGUAACAUGAACACAGUCGAUGUGCUUUACCCAGCUGCACCCUUCUUCCUCUACGCAAACCCAACUCUACUGAAGUACAUCCUUCAACCGCUCUACGAGCUUCAAGAAGGCGAUUUCUACCCAAAUACAUACUCCACUCACGAUAUCGGUGCGCAUUUCCCUCUCGCAACCGGGCACGUCGAAGGUAAUGAUGAAUACAUGCCGGUGGAGAACAGCGGCAAUUUCAUCCUUAUGGCAUACGCAUACUACAAAUUCACCGGCGACUCGGAGUGGCUGACCAACCAUUACGAGCUCCUAGCGCAAUUCGCGCAGUAUCUAAUCGACUUUUCCCUGGUCCCCGCCGCGCAACUCAGCACCGACGACUUCGCAGGCGAGCUCGCGAACCAGACCAACCUCGCCAUCAAAGGCAUCGUCGGUCUACAAGCUAUGUCCGCCAUCGCACGCGUAGCCGGUAAACCCGACGACGGUGCCGCCUUCGCGACAAAAGCGAGCUCAUACUACGAAACCUGGGAAAAAUUCGCCAUCGACCCGUCCGGGAAGCACACUUUACUCGCAUACCAAUGGCGCUCGAGUUGGGGUCUUCUGUAUAACGUGUACUUCGACAAACUCCUAAACAUGGGUUUGGUUGAUCCGAAGGUAUACGAUAUGCAAUCGAAAUGGUACGCCAUGGUAUCCCAGACCUUUGGCGUACCGCUGGAUAAUCGACAUCAUUAUACUAAAUCCGAUUGGGAGAUUUGGACGGCGGCUACGUGUUCGCCGACGACGAGACGGUUGUUUAUUAAUUCACUUGCGUACUGGCUUAAUGAGACUUCGACCAAUCUGCCUUUUACAGAUUUAUAUGAGGUCGUGGGUACAGGUGAGUAUCCGUUGUUGAUCGGUCACUUUGCUGCUAGACCGGUUGUUGGUGGACAUUUUGCGCUGUUGACUUUGGGGAAGACGGGGCAGUUGUUUAAUGCGGUCGGUGGUGAUACGACGGGGAGUUUGUUUGAGAAGAAUGGUACGGAGCCAUUGCCAAACCCGGAUAAGCCGGCUCAGCCCGCUUGGUAUGCGGGUCCGCCGUUGAAGAAGAGGACUGUGAGGAAGGCGCCUCCGAAGCAAGGGCCUUUGCAACAGGCGGGGAAGGGGAAGUCGAAGCCGGUCUUUUAA